GCAAUCCUCGUUAAUAAAAUUUUUGACAUUUACCCUGAGCCUCGAGCAUUUACCGAAACGUCAAUGUCAUUGCUGCCAAUUGCUGCUGAUGAUUUGUCAACACGUUGAAAGAAAACAAAUACUUUUUUAUUUUAUUGCGCUAAAUAUUUCUGUUCAUCCUCUUCCAUAAAGAUAAUAAAGAUCUUAAAUCGUUAGUUGUUAAAACGAAGAUGCCUACAAGUGACAGCGAAGACUUUGAGAGCGCAGACGAAGGCCAAAGUGUCUCAGACAAGAAGGAAAGAAAAAAACGUCUUUCUUCAUCCAAUUAUAGUGAUAAUGCUUUGGAAACUGAUCAAGAGCUUCACGAAUCUUCAGGCAAAACCCCACUGAAGAAAAUACAGACAACAAAUGAUGGGUGGGAUGACUUUGAUAUAGAUGAAAAUGAGACUAGUGACACACCUGUCCCAACAAAGCACAAAGAACUGAGUAUAGACAAGAAAGCAGAAGUUUCGGAAGAGAGUGAGUUAAAGAACAAAAAAUUGAAGCCGAAAGAGAGUGAGUCACAAGACACAGGUUGGGAUGACUUUGGUGACUGGGGUCAGGAUGAAGUGAAUGUGGAUAUUAAGAAUAAUACUCAACCAAAACUAACCCAAUCCCAAAGGCAACCAGAUAAAGACAUCCACGAGGUGACAGAUAGACUUGCAGCCACUUCCACCAAGAGUUCUGGAUCUGGCUGGGGGUGGGGUUGGGGGGUAGACUCGCUGCUCAGCUCCGCAACGGCUGGCAUAACUACCAUCACAAGUCAGGUCUCACAGGGCAUAUCAACGGUUCUAGAGACAGGUAUCGGAGCCCCGGACCCUGAAGAACUGGCCAGGCGGAACUUGCAAGAGAGUGAGUCCAAAUCGACCAGGUCUGAGGAGAAACCUGAUGAGGAGCCAGAGAAGAAUGCUGGUGAAGCUGCGUUUCCAUUUGGGAGCCUCAUAUCUGGGGUCACCAAGUUUGUUGAAACUACAAGCACUAAAGUGAUAUCAGGCGGGCUAGACACGCUAGAAACGAUAGGUAAGAAGACCAUGGAAGUUUUACAAGAUGGGGACCCGGGGCUCGUCAAAAAGCGGGCCAUGCUCGGCCUGGAGUCUGGCGACAAGCCGGUAUUGUCCCAAGUCCUGAGGGAAGCGAAAGAGAAGGCGGAGGAAGAUGACAGGAGAAAAGAGGAGAAGAGGGAGGCUAAAGAAGUCCAUUACGAGACUCUGUUUGAUGAUUUCGAAGGUCUAGUACACUUAGAAGCACUGGAAAUGCUGUCGAGGCAAGUCACCAUGAGGAUAGAGGAACGAUUGAGAGCUGCUGGUCCUGAGAAGAGACAGGAUAUCAAGGAGACUCUCCAGCAAGUCUCUGAGCUAUGCGAAAUGCCUGAUGAAGAAGAGGAAGAUGACGAGGAACCGCCGGGCGAGGGGUCGAAAGCAGAUGCUCUGCAUGAGAAGCUUCAAACAGCUACACAAGAUUUGGGUUUGAAGUUACAAUUUCAGCCGCUAGUGAAACAAUACACCGACACCCUAUCAUGGCUCGACUCCUCAGAACCUACAUCGCAAAAGGCGGUGUACAAGCGCAGUGUGAGCGCUUUAGCACAAUCUACUGCGUUAUCAGUCGAGAUGUAUCACAAAGCGGCUGAGAUGCUGUUAGUGAAGACGAGGAGAUCAACGGCAGACGAGGCUGAUGCAUUGACACAAAUGACCGUAGUCCUGACGAAACAUAUCGGUGAACUGGCAACAUUGUUCACGGAGAAAUUGAACUCUAUCACUGAAGAGAAUAAGGAGCAGAAUAAUAAUUACAUCACUAACAUAUUUUUAGAGGCUGGCAACAGUUCUACAUAUAUACAGAACGCAUUCCAACUCACAUUACCAAUUCUGCAGAUUGGAGCAGUGUAAAUUAUUAUAAAAGAAUCAGUGUAAAUUAGAUAUAAAAUCAGUGUAAAUUGGUAUAACAUACAUAAUUAUGUAUCUGAUUGAGAAAGCCUCAAAUUAAGUUUCUUUGUUGUGUUACUAAAUAUGUAUGUAAAUAAAUAGAAAAAUGUUAAGAAUACCCUUUAUUCCACAUAAAUUAUUACAAAAAUAAUUUAUACCAACCUUAUGAUGUACAAAAGGCGAACAUAUUUUACAAUAUUUCCCAGGCAACCACAGGAACAUUUAUAAUGAUUUCAUGAAGAGAGAAUUUGGUGCGGGUCAGUAAGAGAAUAUUUAGAAAAAAAUAGUAACUAAUAAAAUAAUAGACGUACAUAAAUGUUAUUCUUUUAAUAAACUUACAUAGUUAAACAAAGGUUGAUGACAUUUUACAUCUACAAAUGUUUUGACGGCCUCUGUGGCUCAGCGGUAGUACGCUUGUCUGUGACACCGAAGGUCCCGGGUUCUAAUCCCGGUCAAAGCAUGAUGAGAAAAGAACUUUUUCUGAUUGUCCUGGGUCUUGGAUGUUUAUCUAUAUAAGUAUUUAUUAUAAAAUAUAGUAUCGUUGAGUUAGUAUCUCGUAACACAAAUCUCGAACUUACUUCGAGGCUAACUCAAUCUGUGUAAUUUGUCCCGUAUAUAUUUACAUUUAUUUAUUUAUAUUUAUAUAUAAAUGUACCAAAAAGGUCUCCGCUCAGCAAAUGUCACGGUGUGAGUCGCGACGCUGGCCUUCCGCGGAUGCCUUUGACAAAAAUAAAAAUGAAACGGAAACGUGAAAAACUGCAAUAAAAAUUAAGUAAGUAAAUUAUUUAAUUUACUUACUUAAUUUUUUUAAUUGUCUGGACAUGUCCAUGUAACAUUAAAAAGUUUUAAAAAUAUCUGAUUUAACUAAUAUCUGAAUGUUAAUAUUGUUAGUACGAUUAUUGCUUAAUAUGUAUCACAGACUCGCUAUGUAUGUUUUUGUAAAUAAAUUUGUAUUUAAUGUUAAAAA